UUAAUAUUAAUAAUAAUAUUAUUGUUAUAUAAUAUUUUUCAAUGUAAUCGUUCGAGCAACUUAUGAUAAUAGAAGUUUUGAAAACCCUAGUUGGCCCAUUUGGUUUUGACAUCAAUAAUUUAUGUCAGAAUAAUGAGUGGAGAUUGAUUAUUGAAUCUAAUAUAAUGCUUAAAUUUACUUUAAUUUAUUUCAACGUAAAGAACUAUUAUAAUCUUAAAACAAUUAUGUAGAGUUAUUAUUGAUUAGACUUAUCUUUAUUACAAUAAUUGUAAGUGGAUUAAUCUACACUUAAAGUGACAUUGGAAUCAUUUUUUGGGAGUAUUGGUUUCGAUAUUUAAAGUAUUUUUUUUUUAUCAUCAUAAAAUAUUCAAUCAGAGUAUGGCAGAUCCAUCUAUUCAAACAUUUUGUUGUCAAAGACCUUUAAAUUAUCAUUCAUCCUAUAAAUUGAUGAAUGAGUUUAAUACUGAUCGCUUUAAUAUGGUAUGUUUAGUAUCUUCAUUAAUAGGUGUUUUUGGUGCAACGUAUCAGCUUUUACCUAGAAUGGAAAUAUCAACUGUACCUAAUCGAUUUUACUCAAGUAUUAUGCAAAGAGGAAAAUAUAUAGUUAUGUGGUUGGCUUUUGCAGAUUGUAGUGCUUCGUUAGGUAUUCUAUUAAGAUCUUCUCUAAAAUUAAUGCAUCAUUAUCAAUGGUAUGAUGAUCAGCCAUACACACUUAUGUGUGUACUUUUAGCAGGUUGGAUUCAAUAUUUUUGUAUGGUUACUUGGGUUUGGACACUGUUGUAUGCUGUAGACAUGUGGAGGGCAUUUCAAGAUAAAUACCAUUUAAGAAAAAUUUAUCACUUAAUUGCAUGGCUAUUUCCAGCAGUUUUUACUUUUUUUGGUCUAUCAUUAUUGUAUAAUCCUAAUACUAAUUGCUACAAUAUGAGUCCAAGUGAGAAUGCUGUAUUGAAAUUUUUUCCAAAUUACUUGUUAACUUUUAUACCUAUUAUUUCUGUUAUGAUUGCUAAUCCUAUUUUAUAUGGAUUCUCCACUAAGUAUAUAUAUCAUAUUAUUACAUCAUAUAUGGCACAAUAUUCAACUAAAGAACGAAAAAUUCUUGACUUAUUCAAGACGAGGUUCUUCUUUAUGAAUCUUGGAUUUUACUUAUGUUGGGGUCCAAAUCUCAUCAAUGCCAUCAUUGUGUGGACUUCAUGGGAUAAUUUGCCUGCAGGAUUAAUGCUAACACUUUGGUAUUUAAUGGCAUUUUUAAAUCCAAUGCAAGCAUUUUUCAAUACGAUCCUUUACAAUAUGCUGGAGCACAUUGAAAACUUAAAUUGUAAACCUUUCCCAAAAAAUAAACGUGUUCAAGAAGUACUAGAACGAAGACCAUUGCUAUUAGCAAAUGUUAAAGGAUCAUCAAAUUCUCAUGGAUAUGACAUAAUUGAUUAAGUAAUUUAUAUAAAAUUUAAGAAAAAAGAAUUUUUUUUUUUUUAAUAGAUUACAAAAAUUGUGAUAGAAUUUGGUGUUAAAUACUAUAAAUCUUUGAAGCCUUUAUUUUUUUUAUUAAAUGUUAAAUGUUUUUCUUUAUAGCCAAAUAUUACUAAUUGGUGAAGUUGUCUCAUGUAUGUUAUGCAACGUUUUUUGUUUAUUGAAAUUUAAUUAUAUUGUAUGUUGAAUUUAUUACAAAUAUUUAAUAGUCAGACAUUCUAAGUGUUAUGUAAUUUAUUGUAUGGUUCAUCAAGACUGACUUAAUUAAUUUUAUAACUUGUUUAUACUUUUUCUAAAUGUAGAUACUUUGAUAUACUUAGUCAUAUAUGUUUUAUUUUUUGGAUUAAGUCAUAUUUUAUAUACUUAAAACAAAAACAUUAAUCUAAGUCCACAUAAUUGUAACAAAAAUUGAUAUUAUUUUAAUACUUAGUUUUAAAUCUCAAAAUUUUGAAAAUUAUAUAUUUUUAAGAAAAAUUUUAUGUUAAUAAACUGA